AUGAAUGCCUCAGCAAGCGUCGCCUCCGACGAGGCCGCCAUUGUUGCCCUUCUGGCCGAUCCACUCCUGGCCGACGUCAAGAUCAGCUUGGAGCCAUCGCAGGCCCUUCAGUCCAUCGCCGCGCUGGAGGAUCUGAUUGCAAUCGAGCGCAACGAGGCAUUCACGGUCCGAGUCGAUCGCUCUCCGCUCGAACCCAUUGACCUGGUCGUCAGGCCAUCGACGACCCUUGCCGAUCUCAAGCGGCAAUUCCAGACCAAGCUGGGCUCGCUCUUGUCGGAUUCGAUGGCCAGUACCACAUCGGCAAGCGAUUGUCCGGUCGAGACCCCGCGCAGGGCAACACGCCCGUCUGGACCGAUAUCCUGGAGAUACACCUGGAGGAGCUAUUUGUUCUAUUCCAAACGACUGGGCAAGCUCCAAGACGACCACCAGAAUCUCAUUGCCUGGGGCCUGCAGUCAGGCGACGAGCUACGGUUCAUGAAGAAGCUGCGGAUGCGCAAGGCCAAGGCAAAGAAGCGCUGA